AUGCCAGUUGACGUGAACGCACUUGCCCGCCUAUCCCUCUCGGUCGGGGCGAAUGGACGCACUCUCGAGCGCCACGGCGAGAUCUUCGUCCCACACAUCGACACGGCAUGGGAACUCUUCCACCGCCUAACCCUCCCCGAAGCCGAAGAGUACCUGGACACACGUAAGGCGCAGGGUUUCAACGCCGUCCUCGCCGUCGCCCUUCCGGAACUGGACGCGCGUGGAGUUGACGAGUGUUUUGGACCCGACGGUGUCCUCAUUUCAUCCACCCAGGGCGGCGGGUCUAUCUUCCAUCCGAACCGGUAUGGUAUGCGGCCUCUUCUGCAUGACGACCCGGCCCAGCCGAACGGCGCGUAUUUUGCCCAUAUCGAUGCUGUCAUCAAUGCCGCAGCGAAGCGAGAUAUCCUGGUAUUCCUCCUGCCGACUUGGGGGCGAUGGGUGAAUCAGGCGUGGAGCGGUCCUCCGGUUCUGUUCGAUACCGAGAAUGCCCGCUCGUACGGCCAAUAUAUCGGCAAGAGGUAUCCUUACUUGCCAAAGGUUUUGGGCGGUGACUCGAAUGCCAUUUGGACAGACACCAAGUUUGCAUCCGGUGAAGAGAGCGCCAGUCCCAACCUCACCGACUGUUCAGCCGUUGUCGACGCUAUGGCGCAAGGUAUUCUUUCCGCCGAACCCGGCGCAUUCCUCACGUAUCACCCGACAGCUGUCGCCCUGCCCGACUCUCCUCCAGCGACUGCCAGUGCCUUCUUCGGGGACAGGAAGUGGUUGGCCCUCGACUCGUGCCAGAGCGGCCACACUGACGCUCGACCGGAAUUCAACCCCGCUCUGCAAUUCUGGGACGCGCGUGCAUCCCACGUCCCCCUGGCGCUAAUGUGGAAUGCAGGCGUACGCCCCAUCAUCGACCUGGAACCACAUUAUGAGGGAAUGCGGAUUGGUAUUCAUCCGUCACACAAGCCGCGGUGGAACGAACACGACGUACGUGUCGGUACAUGGCAAGCUGUUUGCGCUGGCACUUGUGGGAUUGUCUAUGGACACAACAACGUGUGGCAAAUGCAUGACCCGCGCCGCGAGAAAUUGGAUGGACGGUUCAAGUCGGCAUGUUUCCCCGUACCCGAUCUGUCGUGGCGGGACGCGCUGGACGCGCCGGGACCACGCUCGACCCGGGUAAUUGCCGAGUACCUCGCCUCGUUGCCGAAGAGUAUACACGACACCAAGGCGCCGGCCCAGGACCGCGUAGACGCGCCAGAUACACGCGAUGAUGGGAGAAUCGACGUCAUUGCGGCAGGGACCGAAUGGCUCGUAGCCCACUCGGGCCACGGACAUGCUUUUGAACUCGACUUGACUGGGUUCAAAGGAGUCGCGCGGUGGCUCGACCCGCGUACCGGAGAAUGGAGCGGUACCAUACCUGUCCAAGGUGGCAAACAGGUAUUUGUUCCCCCUUCAAAGGGAGGUGUGGAGCACGACUGGGUGCUCGAGGUGCGAGGUUAG